AUGCCUGGCCGGCGAGUACAAGGCUGCCGCUCCCUUCACAUAAACGAAGAUAACGGCCGCUUCUUGCUCCUUGCCAUACUGAUCAUAGUGUACCUGCUGUGCGGCGCUGCAGUCUUUUCCGCAAUCGAGAGGCCCUCGGAGAUAAAAGCCCACGGACGCUGGAACAGGACCCUUUUAAACUUCAGCGAGACCUUCAAUAUCAGCCUGCAGGAGCUGAACUCUUUUCUGCGAGAAUAUGAGGCCGCAAUUGCCGCAGGUAUCCGAGCCGAUUCUUUAAGACCACGAUGGGAUUUUACGGGAGCUUUCUACUUUGUUGGAACUGUGGUCUCAACAAUUGGGUUUGGGAUGACGACUCCAGUGACCGUUGCAGGGAAGGUGUUUUUGAUCUUUUACGGAUUGCUGGGCUGUGCAGCCACCAUUCUCUUCUUCAACCUCUUCCUGGAGCGUAUCAUCACACUCCUCGCUGUGGUGAUGAAGGCGGUGCGGGAGCGGCGUCUGAGAAAUAGCGGCCUCCUCCCUCCGGGGAUCUGCAGGGAUUUUGCAGCUAGCACCCUGCCUGGCUGGAAGCCCUCAGUAUACCACGUCAUGCUGAUCCUGGGCCUGUCUGCCAUUGUCAUCUCCUGCUGUGCCUCAGCCAUGUACACGCCUGUAGAGGGCUGGGCUUAUCUGGACUCACUUUACUUCUGCUUUGUCACAUUCAGUACCAUUGGUUUCGGAGACUUGGUGAGCAGUCAGAAUGCUGCCUACCAGUACCAGGGCCUUUACCGGUUGGCCAAUUUCCUCUUCAUUCUCACAGGCGUCUGUUGCAUCUACUCACUCUUCAACGUCAUUUCCAUUGUCAUCAAGCAGGUUCUCAACUGGAUGCUCUGCAAAAUGAGCUGCCUGUGCUGUCAGCACUGCAAUAAGACGAACGCUUUCCUGGGAAGGCGUAACGCCAUUCGCCCUGGAUCGCGGUUACGCCGUGGGAGGUUCGGACGUCCCCCGGACUCAGAGGGGCCGUGUGACAGUGACACGGAGGGGCGGAGACUCUCGGGGGAGAUGAUCUCCAUGAGAGACCUUACCGCUUCUAAUAAGGUCUCACUGGCCAUCAUGCAGAAACAGCUCUCUGAAUCAGCCAAUGGCUAUCCAAGGACAGUGUGUGGUAGCUCAAGACAGAACGGCUUCUCUGGAGGGGUCGGAGCUCUUGGUAUCAUGAACAACCGUCUGGCAGAGACCAGUGACUCCAGGUAG